GCGGUGACUGCCGCCAAAGCAGCUGGCAUGGACUGUGUCGUGGGCGACCGGGAGUCCAAGGUGGGCACCUACCGGGAGUUCAUCUUCUUCGACGAGCGUCAGGUUUACCCAGAGUAUGCGGUCAUCUAUCGGCGGCAGUAUGAAGCGAGCAAGGUUCCAAAGCUGAUGCGCAAGACUACAAGUGGAACGACUGGCCGCAAUUGGCAGGUUCAGUUGGACAAAGGAUGGAGGGACAUUCCUCCAGAUGUGAGUUCUGCGCUGAAUCGCGCCGAGGUCGAUGGCGUGCGGCAGCUGGAGAGUGUGAUCGGCGAGUACACGUACACCUUCGACCUUGAGAAGAAGCUCCAGCUCAACAAGCACAGCGGGACCAGUCGAAGGAUCCGCCCUCCCAUGCGCCGCUGA